AUGGUUUCGGAGUUCCUCGCAGCUAUGGUUUCACCGCACACAGAAACAAUUAAUAGCUACCCUCAACAGAUAAGAAGUACUUACCGAUGUGGUGGUCAUAUUAAUAAUGCAACAGGAGUGAUCAAAUAUCCUGAUUGGAUGUGGUUUUAUUAUGGUCGAAACAAAUCAUGUGAAUGGGUAAUAUCAGUUGAUGAUAACAAUAAUAAGUUUAUUGAGAUGAACUUCACAAGAUUUAAUCUGUCGUCAGAAUCGUCAUCAGAAACGGGAUCACUUUCAUGUUUAUCAGCAGAUUCCAAAUUAACAUUACGCGAUGGCGCUUCAUCGAAUAGUCCAUUGAUUGGGAUUUACUGUGGUCAGGAUGGAUCAAAUAAGGCUGUUCCGACCUCUCCCAUUCAUUUUUCAUCUGGUAAUGCAUAUAUUUUAUUUCAAUCAAGCAAUGACAUUCUCAUUAACAGUGGGUUUACCAUUCAAUGGUCAAUGGUCGAAAAAAUGUGCGGUGGUCGAUUGUACGGAAAUGAAGGGUCAAUAUCGCUGUAUGAAUAUGAACCUAAUAUAAAAUGUCAAUGGCAUGUUAAUGCUGAUCCACAAAUGCAUAUUGAAAUCACUGUUGAUCCAAUUCAACUUGGUUCGGGAGUAAAUAGAAAUUGUUCUUUAAAUUCUCUAGAGAUUUUUGAUGGGUUGCAAAUCGAUCAGGAUAUUCGCAUUAUGCACUUAUGUAGCAGUGAAACCUAUCCAAUAUUGGCUCGAACUACUUUGCCAAAUUUUAGUGUGUAUUUCACGAGUGCUUUCCACACUUCAUUCGAUGAUCAUAAUCAAUUGGAUAAAGACUGUGGUGGAAUGAUUUCGACUGAUGCCAAUGGAAUUUUCUCUGGAAUAAUUCAAUCGCCUAAUUAUGGGUUCAAUUACUUCCCUAGCCUGGAUUGUUUAUGGCUACUCGAUGCUUCAUUCUCUCAUAAUUUCAAGGAUGGCGGUGAUGCAUCUAAACCAAUAUUGGGUAAAUAUUGCAAUGAUCGACGGCCUGCAGCUGCGAUUGUUUCCACAGGACCAAAAAUGGUUAUACAGUUUCAUUCUGAUGAUUCGGUUAGCGGCAAAGCAUGUGAAAAACAUUUUACCUCACGUAAUGGGACCAUACAAAGUCCAAACUACCCUAGUGGAACUUCUAUACCUUUGAAAUGUACAUACGUGAUUAUUGCCGAAAGAACUAAAGCAAUUCGAGUCAAAUUCAACUAUAUAGGAUUGAAUUUCACCAUUCGAUCAUGUUUUUAUGAAAUCGGCAACCAAGACAAGUCGCAGGACUAUGUUGAGUUCGUUGGUGGCCAUGAUUCUCACAGUCAUGUCAAUAAAAGGUAUCGAUGUCAGCGAUAUCCGUUUGUCGCCCCAGAAGGAGAAAUUGUCACAAGUGCUUAUAGACCGUUAAGAAUUAUCUAUAGUUCAUCCAGUAUCGAGAACAAAGGCAUUUUAUUCUAUUAUGAACAAAUGGAUGUCGGAUGUGGUGGAGUAUUCGAAGGUGAAAGCGGCAAAAUAACAAGUCCGAAUUUUCCUGACAAUUAUUUGUCGCAUAUGUACUAUUUCCACAAGUUGUAUACAUGUUGUUAUGGAACAGGUGAAGGUGAUGCAGCUCUUUCUGGAAAUACUACAGAUUUGGUUCAUGGGCUAAAUAACCGACUUAGAACAAUGCCUCGCUUCCCCCAAUAUAUUGAAUAUAUGAUGAAGCUUACAGUCACUGAAGUUUCGUUUCAGCUCAAACGAAUACUCCUUAAUUUUGAUGUGUUUGAAUUAGAAGUGGUACCGAAUCGUGAAGAUUGUGCAUAUGAUGGAAUAGAAAUCUAUGAUUCAUAUAAGAACGACCACGAAUUUGGACAUUUUUAUGGAAGGUUUUGUGGUGCAUUACAGCCUCCUUCAGUUCUUUCUAAUGGCAAUCAGUUAACUUUAGUUUUCAAAAGUGAUCGCUCAGUCAGUGGUCAAGGUUUUUCAGCCAAUUGGAAGGCUGUAAAUAUUAAGAAUGAAUGCGAUCGUUCCUAUACGGCAGUCAGCGGUAAAAUACAAAUAAAAGUAGAUAAGGAGCAUAAAUCGACCGAUUGCAACUAUCAUAUAGCUUUGCCGACGAUGAAAAGAAUUUUGUUAAAAAUUGAAAACUUUUCUUUACCAUGUGAGGAAGGUACAUUAAUGAUCAGGAAUGGAGUAAAUGAACAAUCACCUGCAUUUAGUGGCCUUUUUCGAGACUCAGAAAUAUGCGAUGAGCACCCAGUCGAAGAACUUCGCUCUCAAGGAAAUCGAUUGUUUCUUCGCCUGAAAACUUUGAAUACAAAUAAUUACUAUUUCAAUAUUAUCUAUGAGCAAGUUGAUUCAAAUUGUGGUGGGCUUCUUAAUGGCAUCAGUGGAGCGUUAUCGGCACCACAAUAUCCAUUAAAAGACUCGCGAACAUUGAACUGCGAUUGGCAUAUUGCUGUUGCUUAUGGUAAUCGUAUUGUAUUUACGAUAACAUCAAUCGACGAUUUAAAUUCUGCAGACCAUGACGGAUUUUGUUCAUCGUUUGCCCCAAAUUAUAUUGAUAUUGCCGAUGGACCAAUUGCAAAAUCUCUAAUUUUACGGCGAUAUUGUAAAAAAGAAGUUUCGCCACCAUCAGUUAAUUCAGAAACAAAUGAAAUGACAAUCCGUUAUCGGCAACAUGGUGGAUCACAUUUCGGAUCACUUUUUGGGUUUAUUGCUCAUUAUAAGACUGUUUGCUAUAACAUACAUUUAUCUGGAUAUCAUGGGAUGAUUCAAAGUCCUGGAUAUCUGCAACGAGUAUAUGAAAACCGCUUCUGUAAGUGGACUAUUCAUGCCACGCAAGGAAAUCGAAUUCGACUGACUUUUCAUUUAUUUCGAAUUUCCGAGAAAAAAAGCCCAUUCACACCACUCUGUUUGAGUAAUUAUCUUGAGUUAGAAAUGAACAGUGUAGAGAAUGUGACUGCAGUAAUUGAUGGCAAGCCCAUCAGUAAUACAACAGAAAGAAAAUUCUGUGAUGAAAUUGGCGUGCCAUUGACGGUUCUGUCAAAAAAUAAUCUUUUGCAAAUUACCUUCGCUUCUAAUAAUCCUGAAAACCAUUUUUGGCUCUCGUGGUCCAUUGUUGUAGUUAAAUGGAAUGCUACUUUGGCAGGUUGUGGUGGAAUUUUAUUAUCCGAAACAGAUAUAGAAAUUAGAAUCGCUGAUCUGAUUGCCACUUCUACUGCAUAUGAGUGCAUAUGGACAAUAACAUCACCACUAGAAAAAAGCGUCCAAUUUACGAUUGAUGAAUUUGCUAUUUUUAAUGGCAGCGCAGAUUGUCCUAGCGAUCAUGAUGAACAAUUCAAUGGAAUCGCGUUUUAUUCGGGACUUAGCAACAAAUCUGGAAUUGCUCAACAAAUCAUAUGCACCAGUGUUUCGUCUACAAUGAGCUAUAUGUCAAAUUCGAACGAACUAUUUGUUAAGUUAUUAGUUCAACAAUACUUGAUUAAACAUGAUUCGAAUAAUCGAUUCUUCAGAGCAAAAGUUAGAUUCAUCACAAGAAAAGCAGGGGAAGAAUGCGGUUCAAUGAUAAAUGUACAAAUUGGCCAAACCUUAACAAUACAUUCACCAAAUUACCCAAAUCCAUAUAGUAAAUCGAUAGCAUGUAUAUGGCACAUAAACACUGCAAUUACACAUAUUCUGCAAUUUAAUUUGACGCAUUAUACAACUCUUGGCCAUCAUCCGAGAAAACUUCAACAAUACACUUGGCGACCAAAAAACAGCGCUUAUAAUUAUCAAAAUAAUAUCACGUGUCAGAAUCCCGUUACUUUUAUUGAAGGGUCAAUAUCAUUCUAUGACGGAAACAGCACAACAUCAGAACUGCUUGAGCGAUUGUGCCACACCAUAACGGAACCACAGAUAAUCACAACUACAUCAAACCAGGCGAUCGUUUUAUUCCAAGGAGCACCAUACGAACGUGCUUAUUUAUCUGGUGAUGACGAAACUGUUCAUGUUAUUGGUUUCAUGCUAUCAAUAAGCCUACGUUGCGGUGGUUCUUUAAUUGCUUCCACUAGAAUGAAGACAUUUCAAUUACAUACAUUCGCAGACGACGAUGAAUGCAAAAUUGCAAUCCGAGCUGACGGUAAGUGA